AUGACAAGUACUACAGCUGUCAUCGAUAUUAGUGGUCACCUCCAUGGUCUCAGGAUUUUAAAACAGGAUUUUAUAAAAAUAAGAAAAGAUCUUUUAGAUUAUGGUUCAACAACACCUAAUCGAUUGGGUGUGAACUCAUCUCAAGAUACAAUACAAAAGACGAGUAGUACUCCUCCAGGUAGUACAACACCUGACGCGGGUCGAAGCACUACUACAGGACUGACAACAUCUCUUUCAUCAGUACCACCCCCUUUGACAUCCUCUUCAUCAACUUAUCCUCUUCAAAUCACUUCAAAUGACAGUUGUUCAGUAAGUUUGGAUUUGGAACAAUCAUACUUUAUCAAUGGUGGUUUACUGACUGGAACCGUUCAUCUAUCAUUCUAUCAACGACAAUAUCUUCACAACAUUCAAAUACAAUUGGGUGGUUUUGAAAAGGUCUAUGCACACAUUCUUGGCAGUGAUCUACACGACCACACCGACAAGAACAAUCAACAUUACACAUUACCAUUCUUUUCAGAGUCAUAUCAGGUCUAUCCCUCAACCGACAAUUCAUCAUCAUCGUUGGACCAUGGUGAUUCUCGAGAAAGUUCAAAUGCAAAUACAAAUGAUAUAAAUGAUAUAAAUAAUAAUAAUAAUAAUGAAAAUGGUGAUGGUAACUCUGCAUCUUCUUCAUCACCUCCUCAACAACAACAACAACAAAAAUCACCAGUUAUAUUAAAGGUUUCACCAAGAGUGUUAUCUCCUCUACCACAGUCACCUCCACUAUCACCAAAUCAAUCGCCAAUCAACUUUUCACUCUUUUUACAUUACCAACAAAUGCAACAACAACAACAUCAUCAUCAACAACAAGAUGGUAAUAAUCCAUCAAUAUCAACUUCACCACAUUUUGUGGAACUUAAAGCAGGCACCUAUUCUUUUCCAUUUUCAAUACAGUUGCCAAGUUUUUUGGCACCGUCGGUCAACUAUAUCGAGUUUCUAUCGAUAUUUUACAUUGCAAAGUGCGUGGUAGAGUAUAGCAAGGGGUCGGGGUGGAAGGAGAAUACGAUUGCCCGUACGACCGAGUUUUUUGUCCGAGGUAUUGGAAACAACCACUCGGAUCUGACACUGGCCAACAGUCCCGCCGUAGGACGAGUGUCACGGUUCUUGUGGGGGUUCAAGGCCAGCCCAGUCGAGAUGGCAGUUACUCUACGCCACAAAAAUUGUUUUAUUGGUGAGCGAGCCGUCCUAACCGUUGAAAUUCGCAAUCCAACCUCCAAUCCACUCUCAACACUCUACGUUGACUUGGUACAACGUAUAGAUCUUCGUGUACCCCUCUCUAUUCAACUCAGUGGUCAAAACAACAAUAGUAGUAGUAAUAACAAUCAUCAACUCUAUCUUGAUUAUUUGAGUAAUAACUUUUCAACAACUUAUUCCAACAACAAUAAUAAUAAUAAUAGUAAUGGAUCAAAUGGAUCAAAUGGAUCAAAUGGAUCAAAUGGAUCAAAUGGUUCAUCAUCUUCUCAACAUCAACAACAACAACAACAACAACAAUUUAAUUUAUCAAAUUUUUAUGGAGGACAAUAUACCAAACAACAAUUAGUUAAAACAAAGAUGCUUUCACAAAGCUUUGAUCUUAAAAAGGUGUCUAGUGAUGGUCAAACACUAUCAACUCGAAUACAAAUAUCUAUUCCCCAACUUGUCGAAGAUGAUCAAGUCUAUCCAACCACCCGUGGUCAUUUAUCAACCAUCAAACAUUAUUUCAUCAUCUCUGUACCCUCUAUCAAACUAGAGGUUAAAAUUCCAGUCACUCUUUGGUCAAAAGUUCAAAAUGAUCAUUUAAUUAUUCAACAAUUAAUUCAACAACAAAUUAAUUUAAAACAACAACAACAACAAGUUCCAAAUAAUAAUAUUAGUAAUAGUAGUGGUAAUAGUAUUAGAAAUAGUAAUAAUAAUAGUUUAAAUAAUAGUGGAACGAAUAUUAUUAAUAUAUUAUGGAUGCCAUCUUGGAAGGAUGAAAAUAAUCAAAAAAAUUGUAAUCUAUGUGAUGAAAAUUUUAGUUUAAUUAAUAGAAUGCAUCAUUGUAGAUCAUGUGGAAAUGUAUUUUGUGGAAAAUGUACAACACAUAAAAUUGCAUUGAAAAAGUUUGGGUUAAAAGAAGCUGUUAGAAUUUGUGUCAUGUGUUUUGAAGAAAUUAUGGAAAAGGAAGAUCCUCCUAAACGUUACAAAUCACAUCUUAUCCAAUACUAG